AUGCCCUCUAGGAAGUCAUAUCUUCCAAGUGAAACACCAGCACCAUUGCUUAAGUACAGAAGGGAAGAGCUUGAGAAUUUGAGAGGAAAUGGAAAAGGAGAGCGGAAUGAGUGGGACAGAGUUUAUGACUAUGAUGUCUACAACGAUUUGGGCGAACCUGACAGAGGCUUGUCCUUUGCUCGUAAAAUUCUCGGAAGGAAUAGUGAAUUCCCUUACCCUCGCAGAGGAAGAACUGGUAGACCACCCACCAAAACAGAUUCUAGAAGUGAGAGUAGGCUGAAAAAAGUGAAUCUUUCGAAACCACUGGAUCUUGUCGAAUCUUUAGACAUUUACGUUCCACGAGAUGAACGAUUUGGUCACUUGAAGAAGUCAGAUUUUGUUGGGUAUGCAAUUAAGUCUUUAUCUCAUGCCGUAUUACCUGCUCUACAAAUUUUCUUUGAUCAGACUCAAAGCGAGUUUCACAAGUUCAAAGAAAUACAUGAUUUGUAUGAAAGAGGAUUAAAGCUACCAGCACUAGCAGUUGAUUUUAUCAGAAAAGUUGUUCCUAACGACAUUUUAAAGGAAUUAUUCCGAUUAGACGGUGAAAAAUUCGUUCGAUUCCCCAAACCAGAUGUUAUUAAAGAUAAUAAAUCUGCAUGGAGGACUGAUGAAGAAUUCGGAAGAGAAAUGGUCGCGGGUGUUCAUCCUAUCCUCAUUCGUCGCCUCCAAGAAUUCCCACCGGCCAGUAAGCUAGACCCUAAAUUGUAUGGUGAUCAAACUAGCAAAAUUACUGAAGAGCACAUUCAAAAAAACCUGGAGGGGCUGGAUGUCGUUAUGGCAGUCAAUCAAAAGAAAUUAUUUAUAUUGGAUCACCAUGAUUCAUUUAUGCCAUACCUAAGGAGGAUAAACGAAACUGAUGCAAACGAAGCCAAUAAAAAUAAAUCAUUCUUAUUGGAAAUCAAAGAUUCAAUUGCACAACGCCUGAAGAAGAAAAAAGCACCUGAUAGAAAGGCAUAUGCAACUCGAACUCUCCUGUUUUUGACUAAUGACGGCAGUUUGAAGCCUGUUGCCAUCGAAUUAAGCCUACCCCAUCCAGAUGGUGAUGAGUAUGGUGCAGUUAGUAAAGUAUAUACUCCAGCUGAAGAAGGUGUUGAAGGAACCAUUUGGCAACUGGCUAAAGCUUAUGUAGCUGUAAAUGAUUCUGGCUACCACCAGGUCAAUAGUCAUUGGUUGAAUACACAUGCUGUGAUGGAGCCUUUUGUGAUAGCAACAAACAGGCAGCUAAGUGUACUCCACCCAAUUUACAAGCUUUUGCAGCCCCAUUAUCGUGAUACUAUGAACAUUAAUGCACUUGCUAGGCAGACUCUUGUGAAUGUUGAUGGCCUUAUAGAGCAAACAUUUUUUCAAGGAAAGUAUGCUUUGGAAUCAUCAUCAUUAAUUUAUAAGGAUUGGGUUUUUACUGAGCAAGCACUCCCAGAAGAUCUCCUUAAAAGAGGAGUAGCAGAAAAAGAUCAGAAUUCUCCUCACGGGCUUCGAUUGCUGAUAGAGGACUAUCCUUAUGCUGUUGAUGGACUAGACAUCUGGUCUGCAAUUUAUUCCUGGGUUGAAGAAUACUGCUCUUUCUAUUACAAGACUGACGCCACCGUCCAAAAUGAUACAGAGCUUCAAGCAUGGUGGAAGGAAGUUAGGGAAGUGGGUCAUGGUGACAAGAAAGACGAAGCUUGGUGGCCGAAAAUGCAAACUUGCGAGGAGCUAGUUGAAUCAUGCACCAUAAUCAUAUGGAUAUCUUCUGCACUUCAUGCAGCUGUCAACUUUGGCCAAUACUCUUUUGCAGGAUACCCUCUAAACCGCCCCACAAUCAGCCGACGGUUCAUGCCAGAAAAGGGUACUCCAGAAUAUGAGCAGCUUGAAUCUGAUCCUGAAAAGGGUUUCUUAUUGACUAUCACUCCAAAAUUGCAGAGUCUUAUUGGAAUUUCCCUUGUUGAAAUUUUGUCUAGACAUGCUUCUGAUGAGAUCUAUCUUGGUCAAAGAGAAAAUCCUGACUGGACAUCAGAUUCGGAGCCCUUGCUGGCUUUCGAAAGAUUUGGAAGAAAACUUGCUCAAAUUGAAGACAAAAUUACAAGUAGGAAUAAAGAUAAGAAUAGGAGGAACCGUGUUGGGCCGGUCAAUUUCCCAUAUUCUUUCCUCAUGCCUACGGGGGAAAAAGGGCUCGCUGCCAGGGGAAUUCCAAACAGCAUCUCAAUCUAAAACAUAUUUCAUUGUGUUGUUGCUUUUCUAGUCUUUUUGUCUUUUAUUUCCCGUCUUUCCUAGAAUUGUGUGACCAAUUGUCUUGUAUUUGUGUGUUCGUAUGAAAUAAUUUUUUAGCAUAGUGUCUCUUCUUGGACGGAGGAAUUAAUUGUUGGUA